AUGGCCUCGCCAGAUCUCGAUCAGGAUAUCUCUCCUGUUCCCCGAUCUCGGGAGGAGAAUCAGGAGAGGGCCUUUAUUGCUGCUUCGCGGCGAAAGGACCGCAGCUUGGAUGCGCGGUUGGAAUCAGCCAAUCGGGCGUCAAUGCUGCAUAAGAAACGCACUGGCAAGGCAUUCCAUAUCACCAAGGAGAUUGUUGAGAAAGAAGCCAUGUAUGAAGAAGUUGAUGAGCGCUAUCAAGAGAAGCGCAUUCGCAUGCUGCAAGCACAGAACAUGCAGAUCGAAGAGCAAUUCCAUCGCCACUUGCUCGCGGCCUUUGCUGCCAGGGCCAACUCCAGCUCCGCGGCAUCUUCGAUUGCCAGCCGUAGGGCAAGCCUGACACCGCGUGCUUCCGAGGGAGGCUCAUCACGAAAGAUGAGCUUAGACCUGUCGAAUCUGCGAUCUCCAUUCCCGCAAGGCAUGGACUCCAACUCGAUGACCAGCCCCGCGACUACUGGGGAGGGCUACUUGGUGUCGCCCACGACGACGUUUGACUCAAAUGCCCAAUCAUACAUGGGCUGCAUGGACGGCUCUAACAGCUUCCCUUCCCAAAUGGUCACUACGGCAUCCUCAUCAGCGCAAAUUCCCGCCUACGCCGUUCAGGCGCAGACCCCGGCUCACUCCUGGAAUCAGAUGUGCUGGGCGCCUAUGCAACAGCAGGUCCCCACUCCUAGCCAGACACCCACCGAUGCCCAGGCCGUCCAUAUGUGGCAGCAACAGAUGAUGCAGCAAGCACAGAUGCCCACCGAUGCAGCAGCUGCCAUUCAAAUGCGCCAGUUCAGAGAGCGUCUGGCUUCCGCACCAGAAUUGCCAGUGCAGCACCUUGCACCCCCCAUUGCACCGGCCGCGUCCAUAUCCGGACCCAGCAGCAGCCACGGUCACUCCCGCGGCCACUCUCAGCCUAGCAACAAUUUCCACAACCUCCAUCUCCUCACCCAGGGCACACAUCUGGCCCAGGUUGCUCCGUCGAACACCAGCUCCCCCAAGAUCGAGUCUUAUUCUGCGGAGACUCAGUCUACACCCGAGUUCUGUCCCACUCCUAACACCCCUCUGUCUCCUACCGCCUUGGGCACUGGCCAAGGUGGGGCCGUGGUCAAGCUAGAGGGUGAGGGCGGUGAUGGCGUUAUGGUUUCUCAUGAGGAGCUGGACCCUGAUUACAACGAGUUCAGCCAAUUUGCUCUUGGCUUGGGUAACACGUCCCUACCUGAGCGGGAGCCCUUUGGCUUCGAAGAGUUCGUGGCUCUAGAUGACUUUGGUACGGUCUCCUGCUAA